UAUUGGUGCAUGAUUUUUUUUUUUUUUGGCAGAUUAUUGUAUAUUCAAUGCAGCCUCUGAAGAGAUGGAACAAAGUAUAAGUUGAUUCUCUGCUGCCUGGGUAAAUUUUGGCUAAAUAAUUGAUACUAAGAUAAAAUAGGUUUCGGCCAGCAGCACACCAUCUAUUUGUGGAACCAUAGGUUACAGCAAAUGAAGAAGUUUUAAAUGCUGUGGAUUCUACAAUGUUACCACAGGAGAAAGAACUUGAUGAAUUGUUGGCUUCUAAAAAAGAAGAAUGGAAAACACUACAGGCCCUCCGAGCUCAACUGCAAGAAACAGCUCUACAGGAUGCCCAACGGCAGCUUCAGGAAGCAAAAGAAAAGCUAAGUCAGUUGAAAAAGGACUUUACUUAUAACUUACAGGUCCUGGAGGAACGGGACUGUGAGCUUGAGCGCUAUGAUGCUGCCUUUGCACAAACCAGUAUGUUGGAGGAAGCCAGAAAGGCAGAGGUGAGUGAACUCAAGAUAGAAGUGGCCAAGCUAAAGCAAACUAUAGCCAAGGAAACCAGGAAGCGAGAGGAACUGCAGCAGCUUUAUCAGCAUAGAUUGCAGGAGCAUCGCCUAGAGCUAGAGCAGAUACACAGCAACAAGAACUGUGAAAUUGACCACCAUCGAGAACAAUAUGAAAAAUUGAAGUGGCAGUUGGAAAGAAAACUCCAGGAACUGAAUGGUGAACUUGCUUUGCAGAAACAGGAGCUUCUAGUAGAGUUUGAAUCUGAGUUGAAAAAGAGAGAACAUGAAUUUAGACUUCAGGCUGAUGAUAUGAGUAACGUAGUCUUGACUCACGAGCUCAAGGUAAAGCUAUUGGCCAAAGAACUUGAGGCUCUUAAAGUGGCUGGUAUUAAAGCAGCAGAAUCCCUACUGGUAGCAGAAACAACUAAUUUGGAGCUGGAAAAAGAAGUAAAGCGCAAAGACUUGGAAAUUAAGGAUCUGACAGCUGUGAAAAAUGCCCGAAUAAAAGACUUAGAGGAUAAACUCCAGUCUAUACAACUAAUUAGAAAAAAAGAAGAAGAAAUAUUUAAACGGAAACAUGAAGAGCUGGAUCGCUUUGCCAGAGAAAAAGAUGCAGUGCUAACUGCAGUGAAGGAGGCUAAUGUAGAACAUGUACAGAAGCUGGAGGCCAAGGUUCUUGAACACCAAGCCAGUCAUGAUACUCUUGAGAUGGAACUGAGAAGGGCUGAGUGGAGACAAGUUGAUGCCUUAAAAGAGAAGGAUAUUGUCAUUGCCAAGCUUCAAGAGGAUGUAGCAGCAAUGAAAUCUGCUUGGGAUGCUCAGAUUGCACAAAUAUCCAAAGAAACUAUUUCCAGAGAUCUUCAGAUCCAUACACUACAAGAAGAGGAGGUAAAGCUCAAAGCACAACUAGCCAGAUUCCAACAGGACAUUGAAAGGUACAAACAAGAAUUGUCUCUUGCAAUGGAACGGGAACAGAUUCUUGAACGUGAUAAAGUACAGGUGGAACUAGACUGGCAAUGUCGUUGUGAAAAUGCUGAAAGGAACCAAUAUGAAAAAUCAGAGGAUUUGAUACAGGGCUUAACAACAGCCAGAAAUCAGGUUGCUGCCCAGCUUCAAGAAACAGAGCAGAAGUUAUGUGAAAUGAAAACAAUAUUGAAGGCGAUAAUUUUUGAAAGAGAUCAAGCAAUUCACACUCUCAGUUUGCAUGGUUUACUUCCUGAAAAGGAAAAAAAGGUGCUCCUAACAGAUCACAGAAUAAGUGGAAGCAAAGGUUUUCCAUCCAGUGAGAUUCAGAAGCUACAGGAACAAAAUACAAACUUGCGUACUGCAAUUGCACAUAUGAGAAGGGAAAUGGAGGCUCUAAAUGAUCAAGUUCCCUGUUUUAAUAACAUUGGAAAGAAAAUCUCAAAUGUAAUACCCUGUGAUCCAGAGGCUACAUCUGAUACAUUAAUUUCUGGUUCCUUACUGCCUGAUAAAGUUUCCAUUGGAAUGUCUUUGAAGAAGCUACAAGCUAAAGCUACUUCCUUGGAUUCCUUGGUAACUCAGCUUAAACAAAAGGUGCGACGGAAACCAUUGGAUAUGGAUGAAUUCCAGGGCCAGCUUUCUAGCCAGCUAGAUCAAAUACAUUUAGAAAUUUCAGAUCUACAGAAACAGGUAACAGAGCUCAAGAUACAUUUCAAUACAGCCAAGAAAGAAGGAGGGAAGACUUCUAACAAAAAUCAACAAAUCCUUGAGUCUUUGACACUUGGAAAAGAGAAUUUGGUUACCAAAAAGCCUUUAGAGGGAGCUGCAGAUCGAAAGAAUCAGUUUGACCAAAUGGCUACUGGGGAUCAGGCCCAGCUUCCUGGGGCCUUCUCCACGCAAAUACUGCAGAAGAAACUGAAGGAAGCAGCAAGAAAAAUCUCCAGCCUAAGCCAAGAGAAGCAGCAGCUCAUUGAAAUGGGGAACAGACUUCGUGCUGAAUUGGGUAAAACAAAGGGGCAUUCCAUGGAGUUCUCACAACAUCCAUUUCAAAGCAUUUCUGGGGCCUUAUAUACUGGGCAUCCCUUCUUAGCUUUGGAGGAGCUUCAGGGCAAUCUUACAACCCAGGAACUACAGCAUGCCCAGCAAGACUAUUUCUCUAGAUUCUCUGAAAAUGCUCCAGAAACUUUAACCAGAAAUGAUGUUCUAAGCAACUUUGAGGAAAAAUCAAAGUUGCCUCCUGCUCAGAUCCAGCUUAACACUCCCAUGAGGAUUAGUAAAUCAGCUCAGGAAAAAGAAAACAGAUCUCCAAUGCCAAUUGAAACCCAACAGCUACAUGAAGAAAAUAGGUACCAUACCCAAAGAUCCUCAUCUCAGGCUGGUAGCUCCCUUCAGGAUAUAUGGCAGAUGUUGGAUUUGGGAUCUAAUCCUUCUGGCUUCACCUCUCAAGAUAACUCCCUUACAGUAGAGCUUCCAGCACCCAAAGCAGCUGACAGCCUGCAAGAACUGAACAAGGAUACAUUAGGGACUCCCAGAGCUUUUACCAUUGAAGGGAUGAAGUUGGAGGUCCAGCCAAGACCCAAAUCCACCAAGCUCUCCAAGCCUCAUCCUGCAAAACUGAAAAUUACCCAGAAAUCAUCAAAAAUCAGGAACUAUAAUGUGAAAGACUAACCUUAAUAUGACAGUGCCCAGCUCCUCUCUCCAGUGACAGAAUCUAGAACUGGAGUCUCCAACUCUGUUGUUGGUGUGGUUGAUGGAGGAGCAAGGCAGAAAAAAAGUGGGUUCCUAGAUUCAGAGUAGAAACUUCUAUUACCCAUUCUGUUGCAGAUGGAUUUUUUGGUGCUGCCUACAUAGUUAAUUACAAUUAACAAACAUCUUAGCUUUUAUAUUAGUUUUUAUGGUAGGUUGUAGGCUGUCAUAUAAAUACUUAUACUAUGAAUGAAAAUUCAAUAGUCUCAUGAAAAUCUCUUACUUUCCUGGGUAACAGUAGCAACAGUGACCUACUGUUUCACUAGGUCUUGGUUCUCUAUUAUCAGACUCAUCCAGUGGUUACUCAUCUAUUUCUAGGACAGUGCUCAGCUAGCUCCAUCUGCAUUCCUAUGUAUGUGAUGGGUAUUUUUCCUUUUUUUUUUUUUUUUUUAAACCUGGCAAGAGAGUAGGGAGAGGAUGUCUAUCUGUUGUAGAAGUGUUUCUCACAUAUUUUCCCCUCACAGGGUUUAACCAUUAUUUUGAUAGAGCUUCUCAGUGCCAACCUUUCAAGAGGAAGAGGGCUAUAUCCUUUGGAUCCUACACUUUCAAGGGUCUUCCAUACUUUCUUGGGACAUUUUGAUAAAGAAACCUACCAAAUAAUAUGACACUAGAAAAUCAAACAUUUUCAUGUCAAUCCAAAAUUAUCCCCUGCCAUUCUUUUGCUAAUGCCACCGAUGCUUCUUCUUAAAUGAGGACAGACUGAAUUCAAACUGAAUUCAAACUGAAUUUCUCACCGAAGAAGGUCGGAGUUCUUUCAUGCUUUGAGGCCCUACAUUUCAAGAGGCAGGAACAAACAUUUCUACUCUUAGGCAUGAGCUGAGCCUUAUUGCCAACAUCUAGAAAUGGGUCAUGAUAGAGUUAUUUCUAAAUAAUAAGGAUCAUUUCAGUGUGCUGCAGGCUGUGGACAUAUCUACUUAUUUCUUUCCAUGGCACAGUCUUACUAUAUAGGUUUUGAAUUUCCAAAGACCUAUCUUAGAUCUUAUUAGUAUUUCCCUUGUAAAGCAGGAACCAAAUGCAGCCUGGCACCUGUGUCAUUCUCUUCUCACCAGCUUCUUAUCCACUUUAUGGCACUAACUUAAGUGUUGGGUUCCCCCCCCCCCCAUUUAGGGCCAAUAUGAGUAGCCUUGGGAUCUAGAGACAGGAUAAAGUGUCUAAACAUUGCUCUUGGCAAAAAGUUGAUAGAUUGGAAUUUCAGAAUAUGAUAUUUUCACAUUGUUGAUUUGAUUUGCUUGAUUAUAAUUAUCUGUUAGGGGAUGAGGAGUAGAAUUGGGAGGGGGGAAGGGCUGACUUAGGGAGUAGUGAUAGAGAUGCCAAAAAAAAUCAACAAAAUACUUAAAAUACUAAGAAGAAAAAAGAAGGGGACACAUAGGUCAAGUAUGUCACUACCUUGUAAAUUUACAGUUAUGCAAUUGUCCUUUUAUGUUGAAAUGUUUAUGUUGAUGAUUGCUAAGUUCAUAAUAAAAAGAAAACAUUUAAAAUCUA